UUUGCGGAGGGACCGUAACCUUUGCAUAACACCCGGGGCCGGCGGGGGACGCAGCGGGCACAGCCCGCCGGACCGCCCUGCCCCUGCCACCGGCCGGGCUCCGGGAGCGGCCCGGCUCCUCAGCGGCUCCUCCAAACUCCAUGGGAAAUAGCCCAAAGUGCUCCAAAGCCGCGGAGAGGGUGGCAGCAGCUCUGGUUGCACCAUGGCCGAGCCCAAGUCUGUGUGUGUUUCUGUGGACGAGGUGGUCUCCAACGGCACCGACACCCAGGACAUCCACCUCAUCAAUGGACACUUGAAGAAAGUGGACAAUGCUCUGACAGAAGCUCACAGGUUCUCCUACCUGCCCCGCAGGCCAGCUGUGAACAUUGAGUUCAAAGAACUGUCCUACUCCAUCCAGGAAGGGCCGUGGUGGAGAAAGAAAGGUUAUAAGACCCUUUUGAAAGGGAUUUCAGGGAAGUUCAGCAGCGGAGAACUCGUUGCAAUUAUGGGACCUUCAGGAGCUGGGAAGUCGACACUUAUGAAUAUUCUGGCAGGAUACAGGGAGACGGGGAUGAAAGGAGAAAUCCUCAUCAACGGGCAGCCCCGCGACCUGCGCUCCUUCCGCAAGGUCUCCUGCUACAUCAUGCAGGACGACAUGCUCCUUCCUCACCUCACUGUCCAGGAGGCCAUGAUGGUAUCUGCUCAUCUGAAACUUCAAGAGAAAGAUGAAGGGAGGAGAGAAAUGGUGAAGGAAAUCCUGACAGCCCUUGGUUUGCUGACCUGUGCCAACACGAGGACUGGGAGCCUCUCUGGGGGCCAGAGGAAACGCCUGGCCAUUGCUCUGGAGCUGGUGAACAACCCCCCUGUCAUGUUCUUUGAUGAGCCCACCAGUGGCUUGGACAGUGCAUCAUGUUUUCAGGUGGUCUCUCUGAUGAAGGCUUUGGCCCAGGGUGGCAGAUCCAUCAUCUGUACAAUUCACCAGCCCAGUGCAAAGCUGUUUGAGCUCUUUGACCAGCUCUAUGUUCUAAGUCAAGGUCAGUGCAUUUACCGUGGGAAGGUAACAAACCUUGUCCCUUACUUGAGAGAUUUGGGGCUGAAUUGUCCAACCUACCACAACCCAGCAGAUUUUGUGAUGGAGGUGGCCUCGGGCGAGUACGGGGACCAGAGCAGCCGCCUGGUCAGGGCGGUCAGGGAGAGGAUUUGUGACUCCGACUACAAGCGAGACGUGCCUGGGGAGCACGAGCUGAACCCCUUCCUGUGGCACCGGCCCUCUGAGGAGGACUCCUCCUCCACAGAAGGCUGCCACAGCUUCUCUGCCAGCUGCCUCACCCAGUUCUGCAUCCUCUUCAAAAGGACUUUCCUCACCAUCAUGAGGGACUCGGUCCUGACACACCUGAGGAUUACCUCGCACAUUGGCAUUGGGCUGCUCAUCGGAUUGCUCUACUUGGGCAUUGGCAAUGAGGCCAAGAAAGUGCUCAGCAACUCGGGAUUCCUCUUUUUCUCCAUGCUGUUCCUCAUGUUUGCUGCUCUCAUGCCCACUGUCCUCACCUUUCCCCUUGAGAUGGGAGUAUUUCUCAGAGAGCAUCUGAACUACUGGUACAGCCUGAAAGCCUAUUACCUGGCCAAGACCAUGGCUGAUGUUCCUUUCCAGAUCAUGUUCCCUGUGGCCUACUGCAGCAUCGUGUACUGGAUGACCUCCCAGCCCUCGGACGCGCUGCGCUUCGUGCUCUUCGCCGCCCUGGGCACCAUGACCUCCCUGGUGGCUCAGUCCCUGGGUCUGCUCAUAGGGGCAGCCUCCACGUCCCUGCAGGUGGCAACCUUUGUGGGCCCGGUUACUGCCAUCCCAGUCCUGCUGUUCUCUGGGUUUUUUGUCAGCUUUGACACCAUCCCAACAUACCUCCAGUGGAUGUCCUACAUUUCCUAUGUCAGAUACGGGUUCGAAGGCGUCAUCCUCUCCAUCUACGGACUGGACCGAGAAGAUCUGCACUGUGACAAAGAUGACACCUGCCACUUCCAAAAAUCAGAGGCCAUCCUGAAAGAACUGGACGUAGAAAAUGCCAAACUUUACCUGGACUUCAUCGUUCUUGGGAUUUUCUUCUUCUCUCUGCGCCUGAUUGCCUAUUUUGUGCUCAGAUACAAAAUCCGAGCGGAGAGGUAAAGGAGAAGCAGCUGAACCGAGGCAGUAGGAGAACUUUAGGCAUCAAAUAGAGGGCACUUGACAUUGUCUCACUGUGGCAGGCUGGUCCCCAGGCUGGGCACAGCCAGAUGCUGUCCUGACCGAGCCCAUGGACAGCCACAAUGGGAUAGUGGACAUCCAGUGUUAAGCCAAUCAGUCCAGUUGGGUUGGGUCAUGUUUUCAUUACACUUUCUAGCUUUAACUAGGAAGAAGAACUAUAGAAGGGAAUUUUACACCACAGGAUAUCAAUGCAGAGGCAGUGUAACUGUCACAAGAAACCUGGCUGCAGGAGCUUUCCUUAUGAAAACCAAUUUUGGGAUAAGGUCACCAGGAUCCUGGUGGCCGGAAUAGUGUCAUGUCACCUCUAGUUGACAAGGUAGUGAGAUGCAAAAUGAGAAAUGCAAAGAAAAUAAGAUUAUCUCAUCUUUUUAAAUUUCAUCUUUGCAGUUUUCUAUGUAUUAUUUUGCAAUUCUUUUCCACAGAAUUACCCCCUUCUGGCUAAAAGUCUGUAAAUGUAUUAAUAAGGUAAAGAUAUCUUUUUAAUAUGGAUACUUUUUUAAAAGAAACCUAAAGCGAUUCAAGUAAUUAUUUUUGUUUCUGUCUGAAUUUAGAAUUCUGGUGCUUUACUUGUCGAGCUGGUCUCAUAUCUGAAAACUGUAAUGAUAGGAGGAAAAGGCAGAUUCUGAAUCUGCAUUAACCUGUGGUCCCAUUUGGAAGCAGCACUGGAUAGCACAUGCAGUUAGACAUGGUCAAGCUGUCACUGAAUGGUUGAAAAAUAUAUUCUUUUGCAGUGUCUUUAAAUCCUUAGUAUUUGUGAUAUUUUGGGAUACUAGCUCUGUUCAUUAUCUGUUUGAUCUACCUCCUGCCACUGAAAGAAAAAUCAAAGCACUCCAAGGCUUAUUUUUAAUUAAAUUGUGCAAGCAGGAUCUGUCCCUAAAGUGAUUGUUGAAGGAGUGCAAGAGCUGUCCACAGAUCAAAGCUUGGGCUGCUGUGUUAAAACACCUGUGACUGCCUCAUCCAGAGGUGUUCAUUGCAUCUGCAACACCCUCUGUGUGGGACCCUCCCAAAAACACACAAAUGACCUUGAAACGCUACAGCUCUCAUUGUGCCAGGCAGUUUUGUUCUCAUCCCCAAGUCUCCAUGCACAGCAUGAGAAUCAAUGGCUCUGAACACCAAUGAAACUGUUAUUUUGGAUAUCUCACCUGUGUAAAUCUGGCAGGGGCAAUUCUGGUUCCAAGCUGAUGUGAAUUUUCAUGGGUUUGGAUUUUCAGCCUAAAGUGAAGCCACCAUGCUCAUGCUGGACACCUUGGUGAGCUUUUGUGCAAAUUGCAGGGCUUUCUGCCACAACUGUGAAUUUAUCUGGGUGUCCCAGAGGCCCGAAUGCUCUGUAAAUGCAUUAUUCCCAUC